GUGCAAUUAUUUUUCGCCGCCGGGUAUACCUCAGAAGAUAGAAAACAAAGCAAAUGUACACUUCUACAUACGGCAGUCAAUGCAAAAUGUAAGACAACGCCGACUACUAACUUGUUCCUGUCCCACGUCGCGUGGGUCAUGCUAUCGAAAGUUGCGUGGUCGAUCAGAGCAUGGUCUCGCCUGUCGUCUUUCCUGCGCAUCAUGGUGGUCAACACGUGCUUCGUUGUGCGGCGGCAAAAUGAAGGAUUCUUUGUCCUAGCCAAGCGUGGCCGCAAUCCGACCUACUACACGCAGCACCAGCAGCCGACAAAGCGGCGGGAGUGCGCCCGGACGGAAGCUUGUAAAGCGAUACAUCCGGAGGAAAACGAGAACUGUUUGGACGAGUGCGUCAGCCCUUUCUGCUUCGACCAGGUCUACGCCGGUGCGGAGAGACUCGAGCCGGGCGAGGUGGACCCGCUCAAAAGAUCGAAGUUCAACCACUGCAUUCUAGAACGGGUAAAUCAAAAAAUGGAACUGUAGCGGCCGUGCAGAGAUGACCUCUCGCGGUUUUUGUUCGCCGAGAGUCGGACUGUCGAACUACCAAUCGCCCGUUGGGCGCUAGAAGUCCUAUAGCCAUCGAUCCGAAAAGGGGAAUGCUAGCUGCUCUGUGGUGCAAACCAUUGAAGAUGUUGGAGGUGUGAUCUUUUUACGUAGAGCAAUUUCGCCUGGGGAAUAUGAAUGCUAGUUAGAUUUGACUAUCCUUCCAUUAUGAUUUUGUGCAGCGGGUCGAGCAG